AUGAAGUUCGUUUCAGUCUUGUCGCUGGCUCUAUUCUCCUUGGUGCAAGGGCACAGCGUGAUCCUUGCCGCCUUUGGAGAAGCAGGAUCACCCUCAUCAGUUGGGUUCCUAGUCGAUAGUUCCAUUGCGCGAAACUGCUCCGGUAUCAGCCCUUGCCAGCAGGACACCACCAUCAUCCGGGAUGUCGAGAUCAGCCAAAACAUUACCGGUCUCUGUGGACGGACGGAAAUUGAAGGGAACAUCGAUGUCAACAGUAACAUCGAGAACGCAAUUAGCAACAACCAGGUGGCUCAAGUCCAGGCUGGCACUACCUUGACAGUGACUAUACACCAAGUGAACCAGGAUGGUGCUGGCCCUUACACAUGCGAGCUAUUUUCCAACUCGAGCACUACUACUGGUCAAAGGUUGGCCGUUACGAAUGAUGUGCCAGGUUUCAAUGGUCUAUCUCAGGCCAAGUUUAAGGCCUUCAACGUAACUGUACAAAUGCCGACAAGCUUCACCUGUACUGACGGCUGCUUCGCCGUUGAGCAGACAGACUAG